AUGGCUCGCGUGCUGCUUUGCGGCGAAGUCCGCGGCCGAGUCAGCGAGCUGCACCGGCUGCUCCACCAGCUGCAGAAGAAGGGUCCAUUUGACCUGGCAAUAUGUACAGGUUCUUUCUUUGGGGAACCACAGGAGCAGGACGCCGCCCCCGCAUGCAGCAGCAGCUCCUCACCCCAGGAGGGCAUUCGUAGGGGCCCCCAAGUUUCAGAAGGGUCGGCUCAGGGGGCCCUAGGUGAGGCCGUCUGUGCUGAGCUGUCUCGGCAGUUUGCCGCUGCCUUUGACGAGCUGCAGCGCUGCUCCAGCACUCUCCCUCUGCCUCUGUACAUCCUCGAUGAAGCUACAAGCCGAUGCGUACAGAGGCUGCAGGCACAGCGUCAGCCAACGGCGGCAUCUCCCCCCCCCAGUACCCCGCAGGAGCCCGUCAGGGUCAAGACAGAAGAUCCUCCUGUAGCAGCAGCAGCUGCUGCUAGCUCUGCUGCACCUCCUCAAGGCUCCGCUGCUGAUGUCAAAGAGGAGCCAAAUGGAGAACAGUCUUCAGGGGAGGAUAGAAGUGGUGCUACAUCAGUCAACCCGUCACCGGCGGGUCAGGCUGUGUCAAGAACAUCCGAGUGUACGUACACCCCAUUGCAGCUGUUAGAAAAUGUUUGGCUGCUAGCGGGGGCGGGAGUAGCGGAGCUGCACGGGUUAAACGUUGCCUUCUACGGGGGUGAAGGGCCCCCUGGGCUUUCCUGCUGCAAGUCGGAUGCACGCACUGAGCAGCAGCAGCAGGUAGAGGAUCAGCAGCAGCAGCAGCAGCAGCAGCAAAAGGAACAGGAGCCUGGCUCUGACAAUAGAGGGGCUGCGUUUGCCUUGAGCCUCUCAAAGGGGUGGGGAAACUUUGACGCCUUCAGGGGCCGCAUUGAUCUCUUGCUGACGGCGAGGCCUCCCCUGGGGGUAUUCGAUGGGCUUCCUCCUGGCGUGGCGCCAACCCCCCCGGCCCAGCAGCAGCAGCAACAGCAGCAGCAGCAGCAGCAGCAGGAGCAAGACGAGCCUGCUAGCGCGGACAGAAAAGAAGGAAGCCCAGCGGAUGCUGCGGCUGAGGCGCAGUCAACUACACCCGAAGGCCUUUAG